CAAAUGGCACCUGCCCCAAAAUAGCUUCCAUGUGAGAGCUACAGAAAGGAAAAGAUUAGACCCCGCAUGAAAAGGAGGGAGGGGGAGGAGGAGGAGAGAGUGAGCAAGCUGUCAAGUGAUAUGUGUCAAGCUUCUGGGAAAGUAUAAAAUCCCUUUGGGGCCAGGCGAUCUCAAACCCCAGCUGUCAGAGCCAGGACACCGAGUCAGACCGGACUUGCUCUUUUUGUCUUCCUCAGAUUGCGCCAUGGGGCUCAGCGACGGGGAAUGGCAGUUGGUGCUGAACGUCUGGGGGAAGGUAGAGGCUGACCUCGCGGGCCAUGGGCAGGAGGUCCUCAUCAGGCUCUUUAAGGGCCACCCUGAGACCCUGGAGAAGUUUGACAAGUUCAAGCACCUGAAGUCAGAGGACGAGAUGAAGCGUUCAGAGGACCUGAAGAAGCAUGGCAAAACGGUGCUUACGGCCCUGGGGGGCAUCCUCAAGAAGAAGGGACAUCACGAUGCUGAGCUGAAGCCCCUGGCCCAGUCACACGCCACCAAGCACAAGAUCCCCAUCAAGUACCUGGAGUUCAUCUCAGAAGCCAUCAUCCACGUCCUGCAGAGCAAGCACCCCGGGGACUUCGGCGCCGACACCCAUGCGGCCAUGAAAAAGGCACUGGAGCUGUUCCGGAAUGACAUCGCUGCCAAAUACAGGGAGCUGGGGUUCCAGGGCUAAGCACCUGGGCGCCCCCACUCCCACCCCCACCCACUCGGGCCCCGGGGCCAAGGGUCAGGUGGGCCUAGAUUUCCUGUAGCCGUGUAGAGUUUGCUUCUGAGUGUCUGCUUUGUUUAUGAGAGGUGGGUGGGAGAGGCUGAGGGGCUGGGCUAGGCUGUUCAGGGUGGCUUCGCUUGCCUGGGGACUGGGGUCCUUGUGGAGGGUCAUCACCCCGGGACCCAGGAGACAUGUGACCCUUUGCUCACUGUGGCCCCGCAGUGUUAAUUCGCCUCUCUCCUAAACUCCAACCCAAUCCCUCCAACCUCCAAACUCAACCACACCUUCACCCUCACCUCUAAUCACAAAUCCAAGCCGUGAACCAAGGCUCGGCCAUAGAGAAGUUCUCCCAUCACCCCCCGCCCCAAAGUCUGUCUGCAGUGAGAAAGAGGGGUGGACAGAGAGGGACAGCCACACGCAUCCCAAGAGAGGCGGCGGGGGUCGGGAACAUAAGUGUGCCUUCUCAGCGAAUGUAGUGACUCACCUGGUUUUAAUAAAAUACCUUGCAGCA